AAGCCGCACAAAGAUGUCAAGGUUAAAAAACUCACGAUUUUGGAAGUAUGUUUUUACCUAGAGGAGUUUGAGGAACGCUUCAAAUCUCAUGAGCAAAUGGGAUAUCUUUAUCUUGACCAGCUAUCAGCAGUUUUUGAUUAUUGGCAAACUGUAAAUCUUGCAUUAAACAAAAUAAUAAAAAACAUUCAAACCGAAAACGAUGAUGACUAUGUAAUGAACGCUGUGGAUUUCUUGUUGACUAUGACAGAAAUCAAACCAAAAGGCCUUGGUCUGACCCUAGCACAAAUAAAAAUGUUUAUUGAUGUAUACGAUGCACACAAAACAUCAGAUGGCAUAAAUGAUGACGCAAGUAAAGAAGUGUUCCAAAACCUUAGUAUAGAAAUAGAUGACGAUUUGGAAAAGCUAUUUAAAUCCAAACAUAAUAAAGCCAUAAAUGUCGCGGAGUAUACUGAAAUUCUUUUGUUAUUAAUUGAUUUUGAAGAGCGCAUUGAAUCCGACGAUGCAAACUGA